AUGCAGCUGACAGCUCUCGCUGCUGCCGCUCUGCUCGCGCAGAAUGCCGCGGCUCAGUUUAAUAUGCUUCGAUUUGCAUGCUCCCAGCUCGUUGUUGAUCGUGUUGACCCCCUUGUGAACCCUGGCAUGAAAUACACGCCGCAUCUGCACCAGAUUGUCGGUGGCAACUCGUUCAAUGUCACCAUGGAUCCUAGUUCCCACGAUCUAACAGCCUCCACCUGCACGUCUUGCUCGUUCAAGCAAGACAAAUCCAACUACUGGACAGCCGUAAUGUUCUACAAGGCAAGGAAUGGCACCUACAAGCGUGUGCCACAGAUCGGCAACGGAGGUCCUCAGGGCAGGCUCAUCAACAAGGGUGGUCUUGAUGUAUACUACAUUCCCAGUGGAAAGGUCACAGCCUUCAAAAAGGGUUUCCGCAUGUUGGCUGGUAACGCCGCCAACACCGACCCCAGAAAGACACCUAAGGCUAAUAUUUGCCAUCGUUGCUGGACUUCUUAUACUGACAGCCCCUUUGUGGGUGGAGCUCCCUGCACCGGAAGCGACACCGUUGAUAUCCCUGCGUCGAAGUCCUGCAAGAUGAUCCGACAGACAAUCAUCUUCCCCACAUGCUGGGAUGGAAAGAACCUCGACAGCCCAGAUCACCAGAGUCACGUUGCCUAUAGCUCCGGAUCCGGUGCCACCGGCGGCGGUGCCUGCCCGUCAACACACCCCGUCAAGCUUCCUCAGAUUAUGUACGAGCUGAUGUGGGAUACUCACCAAUUCGCGGACUCGUCAGAUUUCCCCACCGACGGUUCUAACCCCUACAUCUACAGCAUGAACGUUGGCGGUUCCGCAGCGCACGGCGACUACCUCUUUGGCUGGGAGGGUGACACACUUCAGAAGGCCAUGGACAGCCAAUGUAACCUCAACACUGAUUGCCCCAGGGCUGGCAUCACGGCUCAGCCCGAGUCGCAGUACAGCGCUUGCACAGUGAAGCAGCAGGCUCCGGAGGAGGUAGAGGGCUGGUUGAAAGCUCUCCCCCUGGGAGAGAUGGCGAUCAAGGCUUGA